CGAGCUACAGACGCCCCAACGAGUAAACAGUGAAGCAUGCGCAUGCUAAAUCUCGCGAGUUUAUUAAAACGGGAAACGAUCAAACGGAAUUGGAUUAGAAGCGCUAAUAAAAUAAUGCAACAACAUUAGUGAGUAUUUGGAACCUGGAACACGAUGCAUGGCGAACAAACAUUUAGUAGGGAAUAUAUAUUUGAAAGGAAAUUGCAUCCUCCUCGAUUUUGUUGAUGAAAAGCACAUCUAUUUAAUCGCCAUUUAUUUUCUGCCGGUUGAAUUCACUCAACUAUUGCCUUUUUCUUAUCCUGGCUUUGAUUAACAAAAGCCUCCCUAUCAAAUAGGUAGGUUGGCUACAGUCCGUUGUUAUUUCUCACCUCGUGUUGAUUUGUAAUUCAUGCCAGAAUAAGAGCUCAGCAGAAGUUUCAAUUUUGAAAUAGGUUACAGUUUGUCUGACUGAUUUGCAGUUAAUAAAAAGUACAUUUAAAAAAACUACAACAAAAUCUUACACAUUCUGUUUAGGGCCUACCUAUAUGCACAAUUGAACUAACGGAACUAAAGUCUGACAUUAUGUUCGGUGCAUUGGAUCAGAGUCUACUGGUGGAAAGCUGUGCUGUGGUGUCCAAUGAGUUGUGAGAGACAUGGACAACAGACUGGGUCUGGGUGAUGAGGAGGAGGGAGAUGUGGGGACCCUGUGGCACUCUUUGCACUGGCUGACGUCCUGUGUGAUGGUGGUCGGAGGGGCUCUGCCCUACACCUCACAGUACCAGCAGAUCCUUCGGACCAAGAACACAGACGGCUUCUCUACACGCGUCUGCCUGGUUCUGCUGGUCGCUAACAUCCUCCGCAUCCUCUUCUGGUUUGGGAAGCAGUUUGAGGUGACUCUGCUCCUGCAGAGUGUGGUGAUGAUUCUCACCAUGCUGGUGAUGCUCAACCUCUGCUGCUCUGUACAGAACACCAACCGUAUCAGCACCAAACAGCACCACAUCACAGAUCUGGACCCCCGGUUCUUUUGGAACUGGGAUGGCUUUGAGGACUACCUCAUCUUCAUGUUGGCCUUCACGCUGCCCUGUGCCUUCACCACCCUUAUCCUCCUGGACUCCUCUCUGUUUGUGGAGUCCCUGGGCUUCCUGGCCGUGCUGACGGAGGCCAUGCUGGGGCUACCACAGCUGCUCCAGAACCAACGCAACCACUCCACCACCGGCAUGAGUGUGAACAUGGUCCUACUGUGGAUGGCCGGGGACAGCUUCAAGACGGCCUACUUUGCCCUGAAGGAGAGCCCGCUCCAGUUCCUGUUGUGUGGGCUGACUCAGGUACUGGUGGAUCUGGCUAUCCUCUAUCAAGUGUGUCUCUACAGCCAAGACCCCUGGGACAAACUGGCUUAACUAACCCUAACCCUAGCUAACUCUAACCCUAGCUAACCCCAACUAACCCUAACUAACCCUAGCGAACUAUAACUAACCCUAGCGAACUAUAACUAACCCUAGCUAACUAUAACUAACCCUAACAAACUCUAACCCCAGAUAACUCUUACCCUAACUAACUCUAACCCUAACUAACUCUAACCCUAAUUAACUCAAACCCUAAUUAACUCUAACCCAAACUAACUCUAGCCCUAACUAGCUCUAGCCCUAACUAACUCCUACCCUAGCUAACUCAUACCCUAGCUAACUCUAACCCUAACUAACCCUAACCCUAACUAACUCUAGCCCUAACUAACUCUAGCCCUAACUAACUCUAACCUAAACUAACUCUAACCCUAGCUAACUCUAGCCAUAACUAACUCUAACCCUAACUAACCCUAACUAACCCUAACUAACUCUAGCCCUAACUAACUCUAGCCCUAACUAACUCUAGCCCUAACUAACUCUAGCCCUAACUAACCCUAGCUAACUCUAACUAACUCUAGCCCUAACUAACUCUAGCCCUAACUAACCCUAGCUAACCCUAACUAACUCUAACCCUAGCUAACUCUAACCCUAGCUAACUCUAACCCUAGCUAACUCUAGCCCUAGCUAACUCUAACUCUAGCCCUAACUAACUAACUAACUAACUAACUAACUAACUAACUAACUAACCCUAACUAACUCUAACCCUAACUAACUCUAACUAACUCUAGCCCUAACUAACUCUAGCCCUAACUAACUCUAGCCCUAACUAACUAACUCUAGCCCUAACUAACUAACUCUAACCCUAGCUAACUCUAACCCUAGCUAACUCUAACCCUAGCUAACUCUAACCCUAGCUAACUCUAAGCCUAGCUAACUCUAGCCCCAGCUAACUCUAACCCUAACUAACUAACUAACUAACCCUAACUAACUCUAACCCUAACUAACUCUAACUCUAGCCCUAACUAACUCUAACCCUAACUAACUCUAGCCCUAACUAACUCUAGCCCUAGCUAACUCUAGCCCUAACUAACUCUAGCCCUAACUAACUAACCCUAACUAACUCUAACCCUAGCUAACUCUAACCCUAGCUAACUCUAGCCCUAGCUAACUCUAGCCCUAACUAACUCUAGCCCUAACUAACUAACUAACCCUAGCUAACUCUAACCCUAGCUAACUCUAGCCCUAGCUAACUCUAACCCUAACUAACUCUAACCCUAACUAACUCUAGCCCUAGCUAACUCUAGCCCUAACUAACUAACUAACUAACUAACCCUAGCUAACUCUAACCCUAGCUAACUCUAACCCUAGCUAACUCUAGCCCUAGCUAACUCUAGCCCUAGCUAACUCUAGCCCUAACUAACUAACUAACCCUAGCUAACUCUAAUCCUAGCUAACUCUAGCCCUAGCUAACUCUAGCCCUAGCUAAAUCUAGCCCUAGCUAACUCUAGCCCUAACUAACCCUAGCUUGGAGAGGAGUAGAAGGUGCUCAACUAAGGUGAGAUGAGGUUCAACCUGGCCACAUCUACAUCAUGUUUAUUGUGGUACACUGGAAACAAGUUUAGAUAGUACCUCCCUGUUUCUGUCAGUUUGAGAGCGUUUUGUUGCAUUUCCUGUCUACUGACAACAGCUACAGGGUCAACAACACAUGUCAACACAGGAAGAGCCACCAGUAGGAGUCAGACAUAACAGUCAUAUACUACAAUACCAAGCGCGGAUAUACUGAGUGGACAAAGCAUUAGGAACACCUGCUCUUUCCAUGACAUAGACUGACCAGGUGAAUCCAGGUGGAAGCUAUGAUCCCUUAUUGAUGUCACUUGUUAAAUCCACUUCAAUCAGUGUAGACGAGAGGGAGGAGACAGUUUAAAGGACUUUUAAGACUUGAGACAUGGAUUGUGUACGUGUGCCAUUCAGAGGGUGAAUGGGCAAGACAACAUAUUUAAGUGCCUUUAAAUGGGGUAUGUCAAGAACUGCAACGCUGCUGGGUUUUUCACGCUCAACAGUGUCCCCCGUGUGUAUCAAGAAUGGUCCGCCACCCAAAGGACAUCCAGCCAACUUGACACAACUGUGGGAAGCAUUAGAGUCAACAUGGGCCAGCAUCCCUGUGGAACGCUUUCAACACCUUGUAGAAUCCAUGACCCAAAGAAGGCUGUUCUGAGGGCCAAAGGGAGGUGUUCCUAAUAUUUUGUCCACUCAGUGUAGUUCCCAGGAGUGAACACCAUUUCUAUUCAAGCUCAUGUUGAUUGAUCUUCAUGAGAAGACCAGUAUCUAUGAAGUUUCCAGGUUUCUCAUGAAUGUAUUUAUUUGGUCCGUUUUUUCUUUUUUAAUUCGAGCUAUUUUGACUUGAGUUGUAUGAGAAGUGUUCAGUAUUUAUGAAGUUGCCAUGUUGCUCUUGAAUGUUAUAUUUAUAUUUUGUGAAUCUGUUGUUUUUUAAAAAAAGUUUUAGUUUGAUGUUGAUACAGUUAUUUAUUUGGACGGCCAGUCCUCGCCUCGCUCUUCUGUAAUGCUUCAUGUCUUUACAGUAAUGCAUACUACUUGCUUCAAGUAUACUUCGAGGAUAAGAACACAAUUUGUGUUUUUAAAAAUGUUUGUUCAUGAAAAUAAAUGUGACAUUAAAUUGUU